CCGAGCGCAAUAAUGAAUCGGCUUUCCCAAUUCAAACGGAGCUACUCGUUGCUCCCACAAGGAGCUCAAGCGUAUAUUGGCGGAAAAUGGACGGCUUCUGAGACGGGGAACUCGUUUGAUGUGCUCAAUCCGUUUAAUAAUGAAGUUGUCGAUAGAGCUACGAAUUGUACUGUUAAGGAUGCGGAGAAGGCCGUCCACUCAGCGCUAGAAGGCUUCGACAAAUGGGCCCACACCUAUUCAGCGAAGCAACGAGGCGCAAUUCUUCACAAAUGGUUCGAAAUCCUUGUCCAACGUGAAACCGAGCUAGCCACCCUUCUCACAAAAGAGCAAGGCAAACCGCUGGCCGAGGCUCGCGGCGAAAUCCAAUACUCGGCCGCCUACUUCGACUGGUACGCCGGAGAGGCUCGUCGUGUCUACGGACAAGUCGUUCCGUCGGCCGUCGUAAAUCGUCUCCAUCUACACACCCGUGAGCCGAUCGGAGUUGUAGCUCUCAUCGCGCCAUGGAACUUCCCGACUGCAAUGAUUGCUCGGAAAGCGGCGGCGGCGCUUUCUGUCGGGUGCUCGGCAGUCGUGAAGCCAUCUGGAGAUACGCCGCUUUCAGCGUUGGCUCUUGCUCAGACUGCUGAAGAAGCUGGGAUUCCGGCCGGCGUGUUCAAUGUGAUCACUGCAGAUCACUCGAAUACUGCCGAGAUUUCCAAGUACCUUUGCGAGUCUACAGAUGUGUCGGCGAUCAGCUUCACUGGAAGUACCCCCGUUGGAAAGUUGCUUCUCGCACAGUCAGCGUCGACUGUGAAGAGAGUUUGUCUGGAGCUCGGUGGAAAUGCUCCGCUGAUCGUUUUCGAUGAUGCUGAUCUUGAUGUCGCUGUGAAUGGAACCAUGGCUACGAAAUUCCGUUGCUCCGGCCAAACGUGCGUCUCUGCCAAUCGAAUCUACGUCCAUGAAAAGAUCCAUGAUCAGUACAUAUCCAAACUAGCGGCUGCCAUGAAGGAGAAGCUUGUUCUCGGUGAUGGACUGAACCCGAAAACCACACAAGGACCUCUGGUAAAUCAGAAGGCUGUUGAUAAGUGCGAACUCCUGCUCUCCGACGCGCUGGGCAAAGGAUCCGAGCUGAUCUGUGGCGGAAAGCGAGGCGAGCAUGGAACAUCGUACGAGCCGACGCUCAUCACAAACGUCCAGUCGAACACCAACAUCGCGCACACCGAGAUCUUCGGCCCCAUCGCGUCGGUUCAAAAGUUCCGCGACGAGCAAGAAGUGCUCGAGGCGGCCAACAACUGUCGUGUUGGACUAGCUGGAUACGUGUUCGGAAGAGAUCAAUCCAGGCUUCAACGAGUCGCAAGGAAACUCGAAGUCGGGAUGGUUGGAGUCAAUGAGGGCCUGAUCAGCUGUGCGGAGGCUGCGUUCGGAGGAGUCAAAGAGUCAGGGAUCGGACGUGAAGGUGGAGCUCAGGGGAUCGACGAGUUCACCAAUUGGAAGUAUAUCUGUACUCAGUAUUAAUUUCUGCUGUUUUUUUUAGCUGCCGUGUAGCAGCUAUUCCAUGUAUCUAUCACUUGCCAAUUUUUUUCUUUUUCCACUGCAACUUUUUCCUCACGAGGGACGAGGAAAAGUGGUUUCUAGGCCAUGGCCGAAGGGCCGACAAGUUUCAGCGGCCAUUUAUCUUGCUUUGUUGUUUUCCGCCUGUUUUCUUUUGUUUUUCACAGCUUUUUCCCGUUUUUUCUUAUUAAAACUGAUAAAUAAAUACUUUUUGCAGAUGCUAAAA